AUGCAGGACCAAAGGCAUAAGUUGGACUACUGCGGCUUCAUUUCUGGGUCUUCCACUUCGUCAAGUCAUGGGUUCCCUGAGCGCUUAUCCACAGACAAACCCUUUUGCUACGUUGGAGUCGACUUUUGCGGACCAGUGAACACCUAUCUUCGAAUACGUGGCAAGGGUCCCACAAAAUCCAAUAUCGCCAUAUUUGUCUGCAUGGCCGUAAAGGCCGUUCACAUUGAAAUCGUGUCAGAUCUUUCAACGAAUAAGUUUUUGGAAUCGUUGAAACGCAUGAUUGCCCGUCGUGGACCAGUAUCGCUACUCGAGUUAAAGAAGUUCAUGUUCAACACUAGCACUCAAGAUGCCAACCUAUCAUAUUGUUCGUCUGAAGAAAUAACCAUUCAUUUCAAUCCACACUUUGCCGGUCUUUGGGAGGCCACUGUCAAGAGCGCAAAGGGUCUGCUCGUGCGUAGCCUCGCUAACACCCGGUUCACCUUUGAGGAGCUGAACACCGCAGUCGUUGAGAUAGAAGCAGACACUUUAAAUGGAGAUGCACCACGCGCUUUGCCCGAGCGUGAGAUUAUCACCAACGACAUCUCCAACUUGGAUUGUUACGAGCGGAUCACAGCUGUUAAACAGCCAUUUUUGCGACGUUGGUCUGCGGAGUAUGUGAACGAGCUUAGAGCUUGGACAAAGUGGACUUCGGUAUCCGCAAAUCUCACGAACGAUACCAGCACGUCCACGCCGAUGCCCACCAAUAGUGAGGGUCCCCUCCACAGCCCCCAUUGCGAGGGCGCAUGCCGUAUUCAGGAAACAAUAGCACCAGCAGAGUCAACCAUCGCCUGA